GUGAGGUGAAGCGAAGGGCACGUUGUGAUGACGUCACUGGAAGUGCGCGGAAGAGGCAGGAGACCUGUCAUGGCUGGAGGCGGGAAAGGGAAAAGGAAAAAGCCGGCUGCUCAGCAGUGUGAAGAACCGUGUGAUGCAAAAAAGAGGCACUCGGGCAGAUCAGAGGUUUCGAAGGAUGUACAACAAGAGGUAGAGGCCCAGUAUCGGCUCACCAUGCCUGAGGAUUUCUACCAGUUUUGGGCUUUUUGUGCAGAUAUUGACUCAGAAGCACCAAGUGAUGUUCUGCAGUCAAGCCUUGGGUUGCAGCUUGUUGGCCCUUAUGAUAUUAUUUCUGGUAAGCACAAGAUAACCAAAAAGGAAGCCGAAAUAAACUACAAUUUGCACUGGAGGUUCUAUUAUGAUCCACCUGAAUUUCAGACUAUCCUGGUGGGGGAUAGCAAAACACAGUUUCAUAUGGGGUAUUACAGGGACUCUCCUGAAGAUCUUCCUGUCUUUGUUGGAGCCAAUGAAGCCGCUAAAGGAUGUCAAAUUACUCAGCUUGGAGAUAAUGUAUUUUCUGCUGUCAAGCAAUAUGCUUCCAACAAGCUUAAGGAAGUUACAGACAGAAAUCUAUCCAGCACAAUUAAAGAUCUGAUAGCGAAGCUGACUGCACAAGCUGAAGAUUUGGGUUACUCGUUGGAGCAAAAGUCUGCAACCAUGAAACGACGGGAGAAGAAAGUUGUAACAAAGUCAUUCCAUGGUGCAGGUCUUGUGGUACCAGUUGAUAAGAAUGAUGUUGGGUACAGGGAGCUUCCUGAGACAGAUGGAAACCUGAAACGAAUUUGCAAGAACAUUGUGGAAGCUCCAAAUGAUGAGAAAAGAAUGAAAGCUUUUGCUCCAAUCCAAGAGAUGAUAACUUAUGUUCAGUUUGCAAAUGAUGAAUGUGAUUACGGUAUGGGGUAUGAACUUGGAAUGGACCUCUUCUGUUAUGGAUCCUAUUAUUUUCACAAAGUAGCUAGGCAGCUUCUGCCCUUGGCUUACAAGCUAUUGGAGAGAAACCUAUUUGGAGAAAUAAUAGAAUCUCACCUGGCAAACAGAAAGAAAGAGAAUGUUAACCAACUGGUAACAUAGCAAGCUCUGCCUACAACUCUGUUUUAUAUUUGUUUCCUGUUAUAUGUGUAUUUCACGAAGUUAGUUUUGUAAUAAAAAUGUAAGAAUA